AUGGCUGGGCGCACGCUGCCGCCGGUGGGGGCUGGGGAGCUGCAGCCCAGCCUCAUGGAGGCUGGGGGACUUCCUGUGAGGAUAAGACAAAUCUUUAGCUGCUACCAGCAGUCUCUGGGGCCCGAAGCAGCAGCAGCAGCAGCAGCAGCAGCAGCAGCAGCAAACCGAAACGUGAGGCCACUGAGCUGCAGCAAGCAGCAGCGCCAGCUCCCGCGGCUGCUGCUGCAAACAGGCUGCAGCAAGAAGCAGCUGCUGCUGAUGCUCAAACCAGCUGCAGCGCUUGCUGCAGCUGAGUUGCAGCAGCAGCAGCUGCUGCUGCUCCUGCUGCAACUCAGCUGCAGCAAGACGGAAGCAGCAGCUGCUGCUGCUGCAACUCAGCUGCAGCAAAGUGCAGCAGCAGCAGCUGCUGCGGGGCAGCUGCGGGAUGGAGCCCCCAGAGGCCGCCGGGGCCCGCCCUUCCUUCCGCUUGCAGCAGGCAGCAGCAGCCGCAGCAGCAGCAGCGCAGCAGCAGCAGCAGCGCAGCAGCAGCAGCAGCAGCAGGGGAAGAAGGCCAUGGCUGCUCUGCGGUGUAUGUACACUCCAAAUGAAUGGCUAGAUGUGGAGGCAGGCCCCCCCACAAUCAAGACAGAUGGGGACAUUCUUUUGAAGGGGAGCCUGUACGGGCUUGUGCUGCGGGCAUGGGGGCCCCCCCUAGCAGCAGGAAGGCACUGCUUGAGUGUGCAGGACGGGUCGGGGGCCCCCCACAGCCUGCGGUUCGGGGCCCUUGCUGCAGCAGCAGCAGCAGCAGCAGCAGCAGCAGCAGCAGACUGCCCGCUGACGGAGCAGCUGCCGCUGCUCGUGCUGCCCCCUCCCAGCAGCAGCAAACUGCCCCGCCUUUGCUACUCCAAGCAGCGCAGCAGCCCCAGUGCGACUUUGCGCGUUUUUGUCUUCACUUUUGAAAUGCUGUUUGCAUGCAAAGUUUCAUUUAAAUGCAUUUUAAUUAGAUCUUUAUUUAUAUUUAAAUGCAUUUUAAUUGGAUCUUUAUUUGUAUUUAAAUGCAUUUUAAUCAGAUCUUUAUUUGUAUUUAAAUGCAUUUUAAUUAGAUCUUUAUUUAUAUUUAAAUGUAUUUUAAUUAGAUCUUUAUUUAUAUUUUCAUAUACAAUAUAUAUAUAUAUAUAUAUAUUAUAUAUACAUAUAUAUAUUAUAUAUGUGGGUUAA